AUGGGUGUUGGCCAUUUUGGUUCCGUUUCCAAAGGAGUCCUUGAUCUAGACAAAAACACGGUUGUCGCUGUUAAAAUCAUAAGCCUCGAUCUGAAAGGAGCAACCAAGAGCUUCAUGGCAGAGUGUGACGUAUUAAGAUAUACUCGUCACAGGAACCUCCUCAAGGUUAUUACUGCUUGCUCGAGUACUGACUUUCAUGGCAAUGAUUUUAAGGCUUUAGUUUAUGAGUUCAUGUCAAACGGAAAUCUUCAACAGUGGACUUACAAUGAUCAGCAUGCUGAACGGGCGUUAAAUCUUCUUCAAAGAGUAAACAUUGCGAUUGAUACAGCAUGUGCAUUGGAUUAUUUGCACGACAAUUGUAAUUGUAACAUUUCAAUAGUUCAUUGCGACCUAAAACCAGCCAACAUUUUGCUCGACAAUAACAUGGUUGCUCAUGUUGGCGACUUUGGGUUAGCAGGAUUUCAUUUACUGUCAAGUUCAUGUAUCAAUAAUAGUUCAGUUGCAAUCAAAGGAACUAUUGGUUAUACUCCUCCUGAGUACGGCCUGGGAAGCAGAGUGUCUAAGGAAGGUGACAUUUAUAGUUACGGCAUUGUGUUGAUAGAAAUGAUGGUUGCAAAACCUCCCACUGCUGGUAUGUUUAAAGAAGGUUUAGACCUUCAUAAAUAUGUAAAGAAAGCAUUGUUUAAGAACCAAUUGUCCAAGGUAAUCGACCCAAGGCUUCUAGAUGAUUGUAAUGGUGCAAGAAAUGGGGUUCAAGAUGAAAAUUCAGCAGCUAAUGUCUGUAAAAUGAAGUGCAUAAAAUCACUAAUUAAGGUAGGACUAAAAUGUUCAGUGGAUUCACCACAAAAUCGAAUUAAAAUCAAAGAUGCCAUCAAUGACCUACAAGAUACAAAGGAUACUUUUCUUAAAGAGUUGUGCAUCAUAAAUAGAUAUAUGUAA